AUGUUGUGGGACAACUUCCACCCACCUGCAAUGCACAUCGAUCUCACGUCCGUUGAACAUCGUCAGAAUCUGGUCGAUCUCGCCAGAUGCGCGAGGGUAUCUCAUGCGUUCAGCGAAGCGGCUUUGCGGGUCCUCUGGAACAUUCUACCGUCUUUGAAUCACCUUUGGAGCCUUCUUGCUCCCCACGACAUCCGAAUGCCAUCCGUAGACAAUCCAAUAAACAACGAGCAGUACAUGACCAUGCAUUCAAAGAUACCACGACGUACUGCGCUUGAGGCCACUCUACACGAUAAGCUAGUGGACGCCUGUUGGAAGAAGAACGAGCGCAAGCCCAUACUCCCUUCGCUGCAACAUAUAGACUGGUCCUGGUCCCCACACGACAAUGUAUCGCUCCCUAAGCUCACUUCGCAGACAAUCGUUCAGGCGGCCGUCAAUUUCAUCGGUACAGAAGAAAUUCCGGACCUCAAGCUGCACGGCUCCGGGCCCUCCUUUCCACACGUCCUCCGACAGCUCUCUUUCCCCAGCCUCACCUCCGGCUCAAUCACCCUCUUCGACGAGAACCUCACCUCCGCCCCAUUCGAUCCCGCGUCCUGCGCCGCCGCGCUCGCGCACGCCGUCCACCUCCCCGCGCUCCGCCGCCUGCGCCUCGCCUUCUUCAGCUGCAACCCCGCGCCCCCUGGGCCCGCGACCCCGCUCCGCGCGCUCCUGGCGCCGUUCUUCGGCGCCGCGCACCUCGCGAAUCUGGAGCUGCGCUUCGGCGCGCCGCCCCCGCUGAGCGCGGACGACGGCGCGCUCGCCGCGGCCGCGCGCGCGUGGCCCGCCCUGCGCGUGCUCCGCCUCAACUUCCGCACGUGGGACGCGCGCGGGCCGCUGCCGUCCGCGGCCGCGCUCGGGGUGCUCGCGCGGGGGUGCCCGCGCCUGCAGGAGCUCGUGCUGCCACUGUUCGUCGCGGACGACCGCCUGCGGGACUUGCCCGACGAUGUGGUGGUCGAGCGCGUCGCGGACGGGUUGGGGAGGUUGUUCCCGAACCUCGACCUCGCGUUCCGCGCUGUAAUUCAGAACCCGGGCGAGGCGUGGACGCGGGUGUUCAACGCGAUGCGGCACCAACGCGGAGUCGAGGUGCCCCACCAGCACGGGACGUAG